AUGUCUCUACCUACGUUAGAACGUCCUUCUGGCUCUCCAUCUGUCAAAGCCUCACAAUGCGUGAAAGAGCUUGCAUCACGUUGGAACAAUAUGACAAAGGCCGCACAAGAGGAGGAAACCAAUGAUGCAGUACAGUCACUCAAAGAAUUUCGCGAAAUGAAAAAUCUUGCUCUCCACAACGUGCCAUUAAAUGCUUUUCAAGAUGCUCGCUCUUUGAACGCUCACACAGGUGUUGAAGUCUUGAUCAUCGCAACACGCUCCAACCUCGAUCAUUUCAACCAGCCGCACCUCUUUCACACUCAACGAGCCGCAGAUUUUCUGGAUGCAUGCUACGGUACUUCAGCUAUGGAUGUUGCCUUGCAUAUGGAGGCCUUCUGCAUCACUGGUGUCCAAGGUGUCGCAAAGACUCAUCUUCAAGAAGUUCUCGCUCUCAAGAAAGCCAUCAGUGUACUAAUCCUGUGGAAACUUCAAGCUGAAGCUGCACCUUUCAAAGUACCUCAGGCUGAACUUAAGGAUUGGGAGGAUCAGCAGUUCGAAGAAGCACUAAAUGGCCGCACUGGAGACAGAGACAAAGCUGGACUUCCCAACAGCAACGACAACACUUCCAACAGCGACAACGGCACUUCGAACAACAACGACACUUCCAACAGCAACAAUGGCACUUCCAACGACAUUCCCAGCAGCGACAUUCCUCCCCCUACUACCAGCGCCACUCCUCCAGAGACUCAAGCCCAAUUUCAUCAAGGAUCGAAGCGCAAGGCUCGUACAACAGGUGUCAGCACUGUCACCACAACAAAUGGAAGUGGCAUUGCUGUGGAGAAGCGGGCACGCAAAGAGCGGUCAGACAAGGGCCAGAAGCACGGUCCUCGCAAGAAACCAUGCACCAACAACAGUGGCAGUACUGCAAGCGCCAACGAGAGUGGAAGUACCCCAGGCACCAACGACAGCGGAAGUGCCACAAGCGCCUCUGUCAGUUCUGUACACCAGACAAGUGCUAUACCUCAGCCCUCUUGA